AUGAAAACAAAUAAAAACAUUAGAAUCAUUGGCUCUUUAAAAGAAAGUGAGCAAUAAGAUCUGUAGAUACAAUAAACUAAAAGAAAUUUGGUUCAGUGUAAUGCAGCUCCUACUUUCUAUCUAUUGACAUAUACACAUGAUGAUUAUCAAAAUACUUAUAACAAUGCAGUGACUUCUGACCCAGUCACAGAUGAUAUAUUUGUUCUAGGAACCUACAACUUUUAUUCUUGCUUAUCUAGUGGGUCUUACAAAUCGGAUUGCAUUCUUCAAAAAUUUAGCCCUUAUGGUGAUAGAAUUUAUAUGAGAACAUUCGGAUUAAACUAAAAUACUGAUGACACCUGUGCUUAAAUCAAAAUGUCUGUAGAUAAGUAUCUCUAUGUAGUGGGAAGUUCCAACAACUAGAAUACUGGAGAUUACGAUGCAACUUUCUGGAAGAUUAAUCCCUUGACAUCGAAUAUGGUCUGGGCUAAAAGAUUACACAAAGGGGCAGACUAUGGUUAUGACUUAGAAAUAUAAGAUGAUGGUGGAGUCAUUUAUUUUACAGGCCAAACUACUGGCUUUGAGCCUAACUGGGAUAGUUUUAUCAUAAAGCUAGAUGAUAAAGGGAAUUAGCUUUGGCUAAGGGCAUGGGCUAGUUCAACCUGGGAGUCCAUUUUAGCUAUGUCUCUAAGUCUUAUGGGGAAGUAUAUAUACUUAGCUGGGAGCACCAGCGCUUACUUUGAUGGUUCGUCUCAUGGAAUGCAAGAUGCAAUGCUUAUGAAACUACACAGAAAUGGAGAUUACUAAUGGGGUCUUUAUGAAGGCAAUGAUGGAGUGCACGAUUUUUACAGAUAGAUUGCAUCUGCAAAGGAUGAUUAGUUCACAAUUGCCUGCGGAACAAGAAAUAUAAAUAAUGGGGGAACAGAUUAAAGAGUACUGAUUACUAGAUAUUCACCUGAUGGAACAAGGACACAUUCAUUUGAAUAUGGUAAAAUAUCUUUGGAAUAUAUUAUUAUAGGAUAGAGCACAAACACUAUUGAAGGACUCUCUUGUGCUUUAUCGAUUGAGGAGAAAACCAUUACUAUUGUAGGAUGGACCAAAAUAGCACACCUUUAUUAGGGUAUAAAAUUGAAUUGCUAACCUUAUUCUAAAAUAGACUAUCCUGACUAGAUGGUAAUCCGUGUGUCCUCUUCUGAUUUAAGUUAUAUUAUUGGGAGACAGUUUGAUGUACCGUAUGCUCACGAUAACAGAAUUAUCAAUGUCCACAUUACUAGUUCCUAGUACCUUAUCAUUGUUGGUAGAGAGGACUAUGGUGAAUGCAGGUAAUUUCAUUUUUUAGUUAAACUUAAUUAUUAAGAAAAUAUUCUUGCUAUUAUGGAACUUGCUAUUAUGGGGAUGAUAAAGAUUGUGGAUAUUAAAACAGUUGGAGCAUAUUCAGAGGUUACACUUCCAACUGCUUAUUAUAAAGAUUAAGUACUAUCUAGAUUAUCCUUAGUCUCUGAUUUGGAGAUCAAAGAUAUAGAUGUUUGCACUUGCACUUAACCCUGCUAAGACUCAUCAAAUAACUAUUACAGAUUAAAAACAUUGACUACUGGAUCUUUGGUCCCAGGUGAUAUAGAUGACAUUAUUGUAGAACUAGGAGAAACCAAGUCUGUUUAAUUGACUCAAUGGUGCUCAAUCUCUUACACUUCACCUUCAUAUACUUUUGAUAUAUUAGAUUCUUUGGGUGUAUCAAUUUCAAGCAGUGCUUUUUACAGUGCAUUCAUCACUUUCACUGAUACUAGUCCAUCAACCUAGCGAACUCUAACAUUAACUCCAACUUUGGCUACUUAGGUGGGAACUUAUUAUUUGAAUAUGAAAGCUACUAUCGCUGAAAAUUCAGGGCAUAAAAGUGGAAAAUAUUUUAGAGUUAUAAUUUAAGAUCCAGAAAAACCCCUCUAUAUUAAAAAUUAUCCAGCCGAUUAAAAGCCAAUAGUUGGAAAGUUAUAUUCUCUAGAUUUUUCAAAUACUUUUUCUUAAACUUGCUCAUCAUGGAGACUAGAACAAUUAAUUAUUUCUGCAUUCACUGCUGGGCUUCCAACUUGGCUAUUUUUCGACGUAGAAACUUCAAUAUUGGCAGGAAUUCCAUUGAAAUCAGAUUACACUGGAGUUGAGAACCCAUUCUACUUAAAGAUUACCUGCUAUGACGACUAAGCUAGAAACAAUUCAGUGAGCGUACAAUUUACUAUAACUAAUAACCAACCUUCUAUACUCUAAACUAUACCUAGUUAAAUUCUACAGGUUGGAAGAUUAUAUGAUUACCAAAUACCAAGUGAUUAUGUUACAGACAUUGAUGGCCAUUAACUUACUUACAACGCAAUUUUAGAUUCUUCAGAUCCUCUCCCAGAUUGGUUAUUCUUUGAUAAAACAACAGGAAGAUUCUUUGGCUUUCCCCAGAGUUAGGUCUCAGCACACACACUUUAUACUAUAAUAUUAACGCUAUAAGACAAUUAUGGAGGACAAGUUUAAACCUCAUUCUCAUUAAUACUUAAUGAGGCUCCUACCAUAAAUAACGGAGGUAUUCCAGAGUCGACCUUAUUUGUAUAUAAUGGGCAAGGAAGUAUUUUUGUUGAUCUUUCAAAGUACUUCAAGGACACAGAUCUUGAUUAACUUUACUAUCAAAUAGAACAGACCAAUUACAUGGAUAUUCCAAGCUUUAUAAUUUUCGACUAAAUUACCGGCAUACUCAACAUAACCUAGAUUUAAACAAUCGGAGGAAUUUACAGAUUAAGAAUGACAGCUUCAGACACCUACCAAAGUGUUUGUUCAUAGAACUUUUAAAUAAUUUUCAAUACUCUUCCUCAAGCCACUCCAGAAACUGUGAUAGCUAGAGCUUAUCUAGAUAGACCAUUUGCAUUUCAAUUUAACACCAGUCAUUUAUGGGAUUAUAAUGAUAACUAUGAAGAUAUGACAAUUACAGCCUCGAUGUAUGACGUCAUUAAAGGCGCAAUAAUACCAGCUUGGCUUCAGUUUGCCCCAUUUAACUAGAUGUUUUAUGGAACAGCAUUUAAGUUACCUAAAGAUGAUGGCUACUCUGGUAAUACCCUUAGCUUUACUGUUAAAGCAGUAGAUUAGUACGGUUCGUCAGCUAGUUUUAGAAUAGAUAUCAUUGUCAUAGAAAAUCACUAUCCUGUAGUUACUAAGAAUUUCACUAAUUUGUCACUCUUUAGUAUGGCGAAUUUUGUUAUCGACAUUAGUUCACAUUUUUAUGAUGAGGAUGAUGAUCUUAUUACUUACUAUAUAUCAGAUAUUACUGCACCUUUAGAUUAACUGCCCAAUUGGAUUUUAUGGGAUGCAUAGAAUCUCAGAUUGGUUGGAAGCGCCUUAAAUUAUGCUAAUAAUGUUACACUACUUGUAAGAUGUAUAGAUAUUGUUGGCUUCGAGGUUAAUACAACAUUCACUAUUGAGACUAAAUUACCAAGGAGUAAUCCAAAGAGUUUGUCACCUUAGGUAUAUAAAGGAAUAUCAAACAUGACUUAUUACUUGAAUGAAUAUAUCGAGAUUAUUUUGCCUUUGAACAUCUUUAAAGAUCCUUAUGGAUCAAGUUUAAGUUAUGCAGUCUAAAAAUAUAAUAAAACUUAAGAUUAAAGUGAUUUUUAUGAUUGGUUGAGUUUUAAUUCAGAAAAUAGAACGAUUAAUGGAUUAGCUAAAGAGAUUGGCGAGUAUUAAAUUAAAGUAGAAGCUCAGAACUAUGAUGGCAGAGUAAAUUCUACAAAUUUCUUUAUUUUAGUAAAAGAAGAUCCAUUGAUUAAUGAAUCAAGAAUAAAAAUUGCUAUUGUAUCUAUUAUUGGCUUUCUAGCUAUUUUAGUUAUUGGUACUAAGAUGCUAGAUGAUGCAAUAUCAAUUAAUCAAAAAGCAAAUGCAAUUAAAAAAGUAGAAUUUGAGAGGUUUUAAAAAUACCAAUAAAGAGAAGACAACUUUACUUUUCCUCCAAAUCCAGUUAUUAAUACAAGGAUAGAGCCAAUUAGUAAAUCCUAGUGA